AUGGCUUUCGUUCGUUUGUGUAUUAUUGCUGCCUUUACAUCAUGGUCUGGGUAUUACACUCAGGCGAGUUCUACGAAAACAAUCGGUUUGCCAUCUUUGAAAUUCCAAUUUACGCUCAAACGUAGCUCCGUGCGGGUACAAGGUUUGACUGAAUUGUCCGUCUUUGCAAACCCCAUCGAAUUGGACGGGGGUGACAGUGUACUCUACGAUGUCUUUUCAUCAUUCACUGAACGCGAUACAGUGCACAACUACUACCUUGUCAAUGGAAUUGGUAUGUCUUCAAGUGUCUCAAACUUUUGUACUGAAAAUGUGACCAUGCAAUGUCAGGAUUCCCUACUCGACGAACUUCCACCGAUUAACACUAUCAUCAGUGCGUUAAACGAAGCAACUGCUGUCUCAAGUGAGGCAGGAACUUUUCAAAGUGCGGUGGAGUGCCCGAAUGGAAAUCUAUUCAAGGUUACGAUCAACAACAUCGAUUUUGCAUUGUGCACAUUGGAUUCGCUGGGAUUUACGAUGCACGGCAGUGAUAUGGACGUGAAGGUUGAGUAUCUCAAUGCCCACCUGAACAUUAGAAUUCCGACUUCGACUUCGGAACUAAACUGCGACACAGUGGCGACUCGUAGCUCCAUUACACAGAUCGGAAAGUAUUAG